GAUAGACAGAAGCAGGGCAUGCAGAUUACGAAGGGCGUGUGGCCGCGACAGACACCGGCAGGUCUAAUGAGCUGACACCAAACUUGAGGAAGAAGCAUGUUGCGCAACAAUAAUUGCAUCCAGAUAAACAGCUGAAGGGGAACUUUACACUAUUUCUGUGACUCGGAGGUGGAAUGAGAAAGUAAAAGGCCUGAAACAAAACACUGUGUGAGCGUGAGGUAGACAGCGCUGAAGGAAGAGAGGGAGGAGGAGAGGCUGUUUUCACUCUGUGCCCAGCUUGUUACUGAUCUUACUGAAGGUUUCCUGUGUCAGCACCAUGGGAAAAUCAGCCUCAAAGCAGUUCGCCGAGGAGGUGCUGCGCUGCCAUAACGAGUACAGGAAGAAGCACCAGGCUCCUCCGCUGAAGCUGAGCAGCAAGUUGAGCAGAGAGGCCGCCCGUUAUGCUGAAAGUCUGGCCAGCACACGAAUCCUGAAGCACAGUGUGGAGUCCAGCAGAGGGAGCUGUGGAGAGAACCUGGCGUGGGCCUCCUAUGACCAAACAGGGAAGGAUGUGGCCGACCGCUGGUAUGAUGAAGUGAAACAGUACAACUUUAACCGUCCUGGAUUCUCAUCCGGCACUGGCCAUUUCACAGCGAUGGUGUGGAAGAGCACUAAAGAGCUGGGGGUCGGUAAGGCCAUCGCGUCAGAUGGUUCCUCCUUUGUGGUGGCCAGAUAUUCCCCAGCUGGGAACAUCACCAACCAGGGACACUUUGAGAAUAACGUCCUCCCAGCUAAAACCACCUCCUGAAGACGCACUGGGCCCUUGACUCAUGGCCAAAGGCAUUUAUUCCGUCCUCCAGGAGAGAAGUUAUCUGCCUGCACUGCUAGACACUGGAGAAUACUCAGGAGAGCACCACUUCUUGCCUGGGAGAGAACCAAACCUUCAUGGAUUUUGAAAGAUGAAAAGCACUUAUGUUUGUGGUUUAAAAAGGGGGGCCUGCGUUUGAUAAAAAAAAAAAGAAUCACUGCUCUUUGACAUCGCUAACAAAACAUUUCCUCUGACUAGUUGUGACUGUAUUUCCUUCAUUAAUGCCAACAGCUUUUCUAUAAUUUCACACACUGAAACACAAGAUACCUUCACAUCUGUUUUUUAGUAAGAGUGGGCGCUAAUUCCGUUAAAUGGACAGAUGAUACGCAUUAACACAUCGUCAUUGCUUGCAGUUUGAAGCUGAUGACUCAGCGCGCCUGGUAUGUUCCUGUUAUUUCCAGUCCCAUGUCUAUGUCUUGUGCUCUAAUCAGUUUUGUACAAUAAAGUUGAUGGAUUGACAGAAA